GAAAGGACAAGUGAAAGAGAAUCGAAUAAAAAACAUCAGCAAUUUUUAUUAUUUGGAUUGUCGACAUUCAAUUGCAAAGCAGCCGUAAAAUAUUUUGCUGACAGAGGAACAUUUAUUUCGUGCACAAACUACAUUAACAGUAUGUGCGUUUAAAAGCUUUGUUCGUCUCUGGUAAGGACAAAUUAAAUUUCAUUCCACUACUCUGAAACACUACUGCUAGAGAAAAAAUCUAUUAUUUCUAAAGAGUUACUACUAUAAAGUGCUGCAAAAUGAACUACGAUGUGCUACUAAACCGAACGGGAUUCGGACGUUUAAACGUGAACCAACAAAUUCGAAGCGUAUCUGAAAGCGAAGGUCAACAGUCCUAUCGUCAGCAGGAAAAUGAAACUCCCACCAGAAAAAUUUCUGAAUCCGCGCGAAUAAAUUUUGACUGCCAUCCGGGGAGCGCUCGGGGUACACCAAUACGGUCCGGUUGCACUUCAGCCGUAAAUAGUGAAGAACUCAAAGGCAAGGUUGAAACCAAACUCAUGAGUAUGUGGAACAAUGUCAAAUUCGGAUGGUCUGGUAAAAUGAAACCCAGUUUUUCGAAAGAGCAGCCGCUCUGGUUACUGGGACGAUGCUAUCAUCAAAAGGCUACGCCUGUGUUAUCAAUGGAAAACUCUAUGGAAUUGAGCACCAGUGUGGAAACAAAUCAGUUAGUUUUCGAAAAUGUACACCAGCAACAACAAGGGGGAGAUAUAUUUGUUGAAUCUCCCCCGGAAGAAACAGGAACCGAUGCUGCUGAAGAUAGUAGUCCUGAUGCAAUUGUUGAGGAAGAAGGAAUUGAGGCGUUUAAGCGAGAUUUUAUAUCUCGGGUGUGGAUGACUUAUCGAAAAGAAUUUCAAACAAUAUAUGAAUCAAAUUAUACCUCCGAUUGCGGCUGGGGUUGCAUGAUUCGAUCCGGUCAGAUGUUACUUGCCCAGGGCCUUAUUACUCACUUCCUUGGUCGCGCGUGGCGAUGGGAUGCUUCGGCUGAAAAUCUAAGGUUAAAUUAUAACACCGUAAGCUACGAAGAUACCAUUCAUCGAAAAAUUAUUCGUUGGUUUGGAGACACUCCCUCGAGGACAAGUCCAUUUUCUAUUCACACAUUAGUGGCUCUAGGUAAGGAAACAGGAAAGAAACCCGGUGAUUGGUAUGGACCGGGAGCAGUUGCUCAUUUGCUUAAACAGGCCGUCAAACAAGCCGCUCAAGAAAUUGCCGAUCUCGAUGGAGUCCAUGUUUACGUUGCCCAGGAUUGCGCUGUUUAUAUCCAGGACAUUAUUGAUGAAUGUACGAUUUCCAAUACUCCGAGUGUUGCGCCAUGGCAGAAAAAAAUACCAUCAACAUCUACGGCCGCUAAUUAUUGCUCUUCUACUGCUUCGUCUUGUAUGAACCAAUUCAAUACAACGCCGAAUAUCCCUGUUGAUCAAUCGACCAUUGAAGACCCUAUUCUUUGGAAGUCGUUGAUACUUUUAGUACCCCUGCGACUUGGAACAGAUAAGCUGAAUCCGAUCUAUAAUGACUGCUUGAAAGCAAUGCUAAGUCUCGACAAUUGUAUUGGAAUUAUUGGUGGACGACCAAAGCACUCCCUAUUCUUUGUUGGUUAUCAAGAGGAUAAACUAAUUCACUUGGAUCCACACUUUUGUCAGGAUAUGGUGGAUGUGAACCAGGAAAACUUCGCAGUUUCGUCGUUUCAUUGCAAAUCUCCGAGAAAAAUUAAAUUAAGCAAAAUGGACCCUAGCUGUUGCAUUGGAUUCUAUUGCGAAACCAGGAAAGAUUUUUUCAAGUUUGUCGACAAUGUGAAACCGUUCCUUCUCCCAGCUAAGCAAUCGAUGAGUAGUAGUUUCACCAGCUCAACCGGUUUGCAUCAAUUUAACGAGAUUACCUAUCCAAUGUUCGUGUUCUGCCGAGGUAAAAGCAGCGAACAGCAGAUUGAUUUGCCAUCCAGGCCCAUUUAUCGAUCUCCUCCUGUACCACCACCUCUCACUGCAAAUAAUGCUUCACAUUCGCAGCAGUUACUCCCGCAGAACUAUGAUGUUGACGACGAUGACGACGAUGAGGACGAAGCUAUUGAAUUUGUGAUUGUGUAGACCAAUUUUAAAUUUGUGUCCGGUAGGCCUCCUUUGCCAAAUAUCUUAUUAAUAUGGCCCAUUCUAACUUACAUGAAAAUAGUUUCUCGAAAUUCGUGCUCGUUAGAUUCUUACGUAAUAUUUUGUGAUUCUAUCAUUAUUCAAGGCAAUAGUUUUUAUAAAAAAUAUUGAAUGAAAAUAUUCACAGCUCUGCUCAGUAACAAGAAAGUCCUCGUUUACUGCGUUGCGAAUAGCAGAUAACAGAACUAAAAAUCGAUCUGCAGCAGAUCGGCAAACGGUAGGCGAUUUGUUGCAUGAUCUUACCACCCCGGUUUUCAUUUGUUUAGUUGCGGGUAUCCUAGAUUCAUUCAGGUCUGAUAAAAAAAUGGUAGUAUGUACUUAUGGGAAUAUAGAAAAACUUACAACAGUUAUAAAUACAAUAUUCGCCCUUGCUUGCUGUAGGAGUAAAUUAGAAAUUUGGUGGCUGUGUAUAUUGCAAGAGAUUUUCGUGCUUUAGGAAAACAUGGGAAGUACUGAAACCUGAGGUAGUUAUUUAUUGAUUGUAUAUAUGGUAAAGCCACAUGCUAAAUUAUCAUUGGAACUAUCAGCGAUGAAAACUCCACUGUAAUUAUGUGUUUGUUGUAAUGUUAUAAAGAAUCAUUCAAAAAAUUAUUGGGAGAUGAAUGAAGCGUAUUACUCCGAAAUAAUACAAUAUGACUCUGCAAAAGGCAACUCACAGUUUUUUUUAUUUAAUAAGGGAAAAUGUACGCAUAAUUGUUUAUUGUUUUAUAAUUUAACGAAUUGAAAUUACAAAGCAUCCAGAAAAAUCGAGGGUCAGUUCAUAUCCUAUUGCUUCGUUUGAUUAUAAAAUACGUUUCCGAUUGUAAUUGAAUAGCUCUUCUUAGAAAUGGCGUUUACGUAUACAAACGCUUUCAAAGUAUGCUCGUUCAUGAAAAUAUAUUACACUAUAGCGCAUGAUAAAUAAAUGAUAGUAGUGACAUAAAAAAUUAAAAUCACAAAUUAAGUUUCAUUAAGUCGACACAUCUUUUCGCGAACAGAACCAACUUUUUAGAAUGUAAAGAGCAUGCCUUUAUGUCAAAAUUAUAAAGUAAAAUAUAUGUACAUGAUUAUUUAUAAAUCUGUAAAGGUACUAGUAUCAAUAAAUACACAUCCUCCGAUUCUGCACUAGCUAAUUAUAAAUGAAAACAAUGCCUCAAAAUAUUUGUAAAUAAUAAUAAC